AUGCAUCUUAGAUUCCUCGCCCAUGUCCCUGGUGGAUUGACGCAAGGAGAAAUUGGCGUUGCUGAAAUUACCCGAGCAGAUUGGUCUGUCAUAGGGGGACGAUGGGCUGAGCAAGCCAGCCAGGGCGCCUUGAUGCACGCCGACAAGCCAUGCAUUCAGCACGUUCAAGCCUGUCAAACCUUGGCUUUGUUCUGGUUUGCCAGAUCUGAAACCAUUCGGACGAAUAUGCACACAGGCAUUGCUCAUCGAACUUGCCGAUUGUUGCAAUUCGGUCGAAUGAACCAGCACGAGCUGGAAAACAGCAGCCUCGAUCGACACCUCAAACUCGGGUGCUUUUGGGCCUGCUGGCUUACCAAGUGUGCGAGCCACCAAAACGCUCGUUUCCAGACGAAUUGCUGGGCCGACGUAGCUGGCUGUCCCUUACCAGUCGACAACGCCGAGGAUUCUUCGCUUCGCCUCACUCAUUAUCUAGACCAGGGUGGUUCAAUCCUCGAGAUCGGAGGUACUAGCCGUGGUCUCAAAUUAGGCUUCAAUGCAACCCUGGUCGUCACUCAGGGACUCUGGUGGGAAGUACAGCAGUUCGUUCCAUCCCUUCAACAGGGCAACCGCAGCCCGUCCAACUGGGGUUCCGAAUUGUUAUUGCUGGACCAGAAACUAGAAAGCCUCUACGACCAGAUGAAUGCAUCGCUCAAGUAUGAUCAGAGCCGUGCCGGCACCAGAAACAACCCUAGAUACCUGGGCCGGUUGUUCUCCUUAAAUUACCUUUACCACCUCUGUGUCUCCUACUUGCACUCUUCAUUGGUACCGGUUCUUUCCUGCAGUAUGCGGACACCAAAUGUUUCACGCAGCAUGCUGCGACUCGCUGCUGAGCAAGCACUCAAACACUCUACUAUCAUGACGAACAUGACGGAACACUUUCUAACACAACGAACGGCAAUUUCCAAGUUGUGGCCUAUCGUUGGAUAUGGCGCGUAUGUGUGCGCGGCCAUCCAAUUGCGCUAUUUCCUUGCCUUGGGCAUUCUGACCGAAGAGCGACUUGAGCGCACCAGGGUACACCUCAAGAUCGUUGACGAGCUAAGAAAGUACUGGAAGACUCUACAGCCACUUCAUGCCGAUAUGGAACAACAGUUUUCUCAAGCUCAGACUAUCGCAUCGAAGCGGGAAACCGGCGAUGUCAGAAAUCACAACUCUGAUGACGAAGUUGUGUGUCUUACCAACACACUCAAUGCGCCACUAUCCCCUAAUUAUAUUUCCACAUAUGUGAGCGACGAUAGCAAAGGACAAUUGCAGGAUCAAGACAUUCCGUUAGAACCUGCAGCUGUGAACCCCACGGACAUUCCCGACCCUUUAGAAACUGCACCUGCUUCUGAGGUCCAGCUUACCCCCGCUCGCUUCCAAAUGCCAGAUUUCUCUAGUGCUGCAGAAGUAUCAAUGAUUAGUAACGAUUGCGUUGGGUCUGAGCCUGCAGAGGGGGCCUUCAAAGCCAGCGUUUCAACAGAGAGAGAAGACAGCAUAUGGUGGAGCCAAGAUCCAGAUUCAUUAGGUGAGGUAUUUAGUCAUGGCUUUUGCUUUUUGAACGAACUUGGGUUUGAAAUGGAUACGUAUUAA